AGCCUAUUACAUUAAAAAAAAAAAAAAAAAAAAAAAAAAAAAAAAAAAAAAAAAAAAAAAAAAAAAAAAAAAAAAAAAAAAAAAAAAAAAAAAACAUCGCCCGUAGUAACAGUAAAUUAGUAACAGUAACGUUGCUGUGUUCACCAACGGAAAGGAAACAUUACAAUUGUAUAUUUGAUCAGAGGGCCUACCACAAACCACGUUCAACGUGUUGCCUCUCUGUCGCACUUGUAAAUUCGGACGUAAGUGUGACAGGGAGGCAAAAAGUCAAACGUGGUUUGCGGUAGGGCCUCUGACUACAUACUGCGAUCAAUUCUGUAUUCUGUAACGACAAAUAAAUAAAUAAAUUGCUCCAUAUGUUUCAGAUCUACUACGUUUCUACGGAGCACAUUAACGUGACAUAUUUUCACCCCGAGUAUUUUGUUUACUUCAAUGCCACGUCGGCGCGCCCUGGUCGGUGGGAUCCAAAGUACUACGUUACUUUCCAUGCACGAUCCCUCAAGGUCCUGGAUAGUAACAUAACGGUAGAUAUUUACUUCUUCGAGUAUCGCAGCAAUGAGUACAGGCGUGGUUUUGUAGAGAUGCACUACAAGGGAUGUGAUCUCGUUAUGAAGGACAAUUUCUUUGGACCGGCGUUACGAGCUAAUUUACCGGGCUGUCCUAUCCCGCCGGGCGAGUACUGGUUGACCAACAUGUCGAUCCCGGACCUGCCUGUUCUGCGCACCUUUCCGUUCCGCAAGGGCCGCAUAUACGUGAACGCGACGACGGUACUCGGCGACGUGCGAGUUUUCAACGGAUAUGUCGAUAUGGAGAUCAAGUUGAAACCUUUAGCGAGGCGGAUAAAAUCUAAACCGACCAUAAUGUAGUAAUAAGCCAACUCAUGCUAGACCGGGCCGGGCCGGAGCUUCCGACGCUUCGUUUUCUAUGGAAAGCACCACGUGAUCACGGAUCAGCCAUCAUAGAAAAUGAAGCCCGGUCUAGCGUCAGUCAUCCCUUAAUCUUUUAUUGUCGUUUCUCACCCGCACUUAUAUUUUGGUGCGAGCAAAGAUGAGCUACUGAUAUCAAAUAAUGUAUUAAUACCAGAUAUAAAUAGAAAUAGGCCUCCAACUCAAUAAAGUGUUUGAUCUGUGACAA